GGGGGUGUUAUAGUCAAAAUGAGGAGAGCAUGGGAAUGAGAAUGUGGCUGUCCCAGAAUGAAACUCCCUGACACAAUUUCUAUGCACACUCAACUUUGUGAACUCCGCAACCACAGAUAUGAUGAGUAGGUGGCACCUUCUUUUUGCAUGACAAGCAACCCAAAAUCUUAACUCUUGACUCUUGAGGAAGAGAGAGAAAGAGAAACACCCCCACCCACUUUAUUCUUCAUUGUUCUUUUCCAAGGACUUAGUUAGAAGAAAACAAAGAAGCCAUUCAUAUAUAUUUGAUAGUGUUGUGUUGUGUUGUGUUGUUGAGUAUAUUUUCUUUUGGUCAUAACCACUUUGGGAGAGAGAGAGAGAUGGCUUACAACAAAGGGGUGCAUAGCAGCAGUGGAGGGAGUCACAGAGGAAGGCCUUAUGUGUUGGUAUUGCUUAUCACAUUUGGGAUUGCACUGCUUGGUGUCAUGGUGCUUCACAAGCUCAGAGAGAGGCGCAUCUGCACCCUUCUUGUCAAAGAGAAAGACCAACAGAUUCUUGCUCUUCAGCUUCUCUUGCAGAAGGAAAGAGAUCGCAGCAAAGAGUUGAGAAGCAAGAAUGAAGAGAUGAAGGGGAAGUUAUACACACUGAGAAGUCAGAAGAUGGAGCUGGCUAGAACAGUUGGGGAGAUGCAAUCCACCCUGGAUUCGCUGAAAGAUGAGCAGAAGCUGAUGGAAUCAGCAUUUGAGGAGCAGCAGAAUGAGCUGAGAUCGAUGCAAGAAAAGGGGAAAAGUGUUGCACAAGGAGGAUAUGACAUAGAAGCAUUAAGAGACAAUCUUAAGCAUAAGGAAGAAGAGUUAGAGGACUUGAAGCGCCGUCUUGAAACCCCGGUUAAUGAUCAUCCUACCAUCUUUAAUGAAAUUGUGACUGCAAAUGGAACAAUUGCAGCACAGGAUGAAAUUGAGAAGGAUGAGAAUUCAGGUGAAUCUGCCAAGCAUGAGGGUGAUAACAAUGAAGGUGCAAGUAAAAGUGAAUUAACCAAGUUCAAAGAUGGGGAGGUUGCAACUGAGAUGAGAGAUGGAAUUCGGACUGAUGGGGAUGGCGCCACAAAAGAUAUGGAUGACGCCGAAGUGGUGGAUGGGAGAGAAAAGAAAGCAAUGAGAGAAGAGCAUGCAGGACAAGUAGAGAACAAUACAGAUGGUGGAGGUCGGGUGAAGCAAUUGGCUGGGACGAAGAGGAAGCAUAGCCGUGCAAGUAGAAUGAAAGGGAAGCGCUGGAGAACCACUGUCAAGAAUAGUUCAAUGGAGAACAAUGGGGUUUUUGAAAACCACUCUGAUAAUAGAAAGGUUUACAAAGAUGAGUUGAAAGGUAGAAGAGUUGGGAAAGUCUCUAAUGAGGAAAAUUUUGCAAGGGAGGAUGAAGGAAGGAACAAUAACAGCCAAAGAAAAGAAAAGCCACAUGCCAAAUUGUUGAAGACUGAAAACCAUGAAAGCAAAGAAGAUGCCAAUGACAUGAAAGUGAAUAAUACAAAACAUCAGGUGACAAAUAGUGGAAGUAACAUAUACUCACAGAAGAUACUGGAUGAAAUUAGGCAGUCAGAAGAGAAUGAACAGAGUCAAGUCCAAGAAAACUGGAACAAGGGGCAUAUCAACAAAGUUGACAGGAAUGCUGCGCAAACAAAAUCCAAGGUGUUACUUGAAGGGCUUGAAGAAUUAAAGGAGGUUUUGGAUGUACAGAAGCAAGAGAAGGAUUCCAUUGACAGUGGCCAAGAUGAUGAGGACAAUGAUUACGAUUUCUUCAAGGAAUUGCACUCUGAAUUUGAAGAUGAGAAGGAUGAAUACAAGGGAGAGAUAGAUGAGUCGGAGUUUCAGACUGGUUUGUAAUUAAACUGUAUUUACUAUGUCCAUCUAUACUAGAAAUAGUGGAUGUAGGCUUGGAAUGCUUAGAAAUAUUUCAAAUUCCUGACAUAAAAAGGAUGUAUCAGCUUAGGAGGAAAAUGUCAGCAAAACAAGACUCCCCUUUUUCCUGAUAAUAUAUCGGUUAUUCAAGUUUACAAUAAACCAAUUUCUUUAACUUCUCAAA